AUGACUCAUCCAUGCACACCAGUCAAACAAGAAAAACAACACACCAACAACCGUGAAGCACAUCAUUUGGUUGAACAAUUUGAGAGUUCUGUUUGCACUGUUUGCAAGAACAGGAGACCAAAAUUUGAAUGGAAGAGAGAGUUCACAUAUGCUGAGCUGUAUGCAGCCACACAGGGUUUUUCCCUAAAGAACUUUCUGUCAGAAGGUGGGUUUGGUUCUGUCUACAAAGGGGAGUUGCAUGGACUGAAGAUUGCUGUUAAACAACAUGUGUAUGAAAGCCACAAAGGAGAGAAGGAAUUCAAGUCUGAAGUUGAUGCACUCAGCAAAGCAAAACACAAGAAUGUGGUCAUGCUUCUUGGAUCGUGUUCAGAAGGAAACCAUAGGCUUCUUGUUUAUGAAUAUGUCUGCAAUGGUUCACUGGACCAACAUUUAUCACAACAUUCUCGUAAACCUAUUAGCUGGCAAGACAGGGUGAAAGUAGCCAAUGGAACUGCAAAAGGAUUGCUGUACCUCCAUGAGAACAACAUCAUACAUAGAGAUAUGACACCAAGCAACAUUCUUCUUACACAUGAUUAUGAAGUAUUGCUGGGUGAUUUUGGUUUGGCUAGAAUUGUAGCUGAAGAUUCCUCAUACUUAACAGACUGUGUUGGAAAUCUGGCAUAUUUUGCACCAGAAUAUGCAGAAUUUGGUAAAGUGUCAUGUAAGACAGAUGUGUAUUCUUUUGGAUUGGUUCUACUACAGCUAAUAAGUGGAAUGAGUGCCACAGACAAAAGACUUGGAGGAAAAGAUCUAUCUGGAUGGGCUAGACCACUAAUGAAAAAAGGGAACUGUCAUGCACUUAUUGAUGGAAGGUUGAUGAACUCCCAUGACUGUCAUCAACUCUUUUGGAUGAUUCGUCUAGCUGGAAAUUGUCUUAAGAAUGAUCCUCACAAGCGAUUGGAUAUGACUACAGUGACCAAAGCCUUAAGUCAAAUAGCCGAAGGUUGCAGUUGCUGCAUUGUAAAGGGCUCUUCAGAAUCCGAAGGUGGAAGUGGUAAUAUUGGUAGUUCCAACAAAGCAAAAUAA